GUUUUGUCCUACCUCUUGAUUUAUUGUCCAAAUUUCAUUUUCACAUUUAUAUUUUACGUUUACAUUGAGACUUAUCUUGCAACACAGUAUAGAGUACAAUAUAGAUAGAAAGCGGGAAGAGAUGAGUGACAUGGAAGGUGAUGGUACUGAGAAGCUGUUGAGGGCAGCAGAAGAUGAGAUUGAGGAAGAGAAUUUCAAGAGCAAAAUAUGGGUAGAGAACAAGAAGAUGUGGGUGGUGGCUGGCCCUGCUAUUUUCACCAGGUUCUCGGCGUUCGGUAUAAGUGUCAUCAGCCAAGCAUUUAUAGGUCACAUUGGUUCCACAGAGUUGGCUGCCUAUGCUCUGGUGGUCACUCUCCUUACAAGAUUUGCCAAUGGUUUACUGCUUGGAGUGGCCAGUGGAUUGGAAACACUGUGCGGGCAAGCCUACGGAGCAAAACAAUACCACAUGCUCGGGAUAUAUCUCCAAAGAUCGUGGAUUGUUUUGACUGUGUUCACGACUCUACUAUUGCCGCUUUACAUUUUUGCAGCCCCUGUCUUGAAAGCUUUAGGACAGGAUGAAGAUAUCGCUCAAGUGGCAGGGAAAAUAGCUCUGUGGUUCAUUCCUGUCAUAUACUCCUAUAUCGUAUCGUUUAGCUGCCAAAUGUAUUUACAAGCACAAAGCAAGAACAUGAUCAUUACAUAUUUGGCAGUGUUUUCAUUAUGUAUCCACAUUUUCCUCUCAUGGCUUCUAACAGUUAAGUACAAUUUGGGUCUAGCCGGCACUAUGAUAUCAGCAAUCUUCGCAUACUGGCUUCCGAACAUGGGGCAACUGAUAUUCAUCGUCUCUGGAGGAUGUCGAGAAACAUGGAAAGGUUUCACAACAUUAGCCUUCAAAGAUCUUUGGCCAGUCGUCAAGCUUUCUAUAUCCUCUGGUGCAAUGCUGUGUCUCGAGCUCUGGUACAAUGCAAUACUGAUUCUUUUGACAGGAAACUUGAAAAACGCCGAGGUUGAAGUUGGUGCUCUUUCCAUCUGUCUUAACAUCAGUGGUUGGGAAAUGAUGAUAGCACUCGGUUUCAUGGCUGCAGCUAGCGUUCGUGUUGCGAAUGAGCUUGGGAAGGGGGAUCCCGAAGCUGCAAAGUUCUCAAUUCGCAAUAUAGUGCUGAUUUCUUUUGCCUUAGGAUUCUUGCUAUUUGUGUUUUUCCUGUUCUUUCGCGAACGUGUGGCUCAUGUAUUCACGAAUGAUCAUGAUGUGGUUACGGAAGUCGGUCACUUGUCGCCUCUUCUGGCGUUCACUAUACUUUUGAAUAGCAUUCAACCAGUUCUUUCCGGUGUUGCUAUUGGGGCUGGAUGGCAGAGUGUUGUGGUAUAUGUGAACCUUGCUUCCUAUUACUUGAUAGGAAUUCCCACUGGGGUUUUGCUUGGUUAUGUCGUCAAAUUACAAGUUGAGGGUGUUUGGAUUGGAAUAUUGAUUGGAACACUCAUUCAAACUAUUAUUUUGCUCAUAAUAACCCAAAAGACAGAUUGGGAUAAACAGGUUGCAAUUGCUCGAAAAAGAGUUAACAGAUGGUUUGUGGAAGCUGAACCUGAUGGUAACUCUGGAGCUGCCUGAUGAAUGAUUUUCUAUAGUUUGAUUAUUGUUGUAUUUGAAUAGAUAUAUUCCAAACUAAGAAUUUCAAAUACAUAAUCAAAAAAUUAGAGAGCAUGGGCUGGACUGGGUUGAGCUAAUCCAGGACCAGAUUGAAUGAUUAAAAAAAAAUGGACUGGUUCUGUCCAAAGGCCCCGCUUCGAACAAUCGAAUUAGUCCUGAGCCGGUCCUAAGAAUCAAUACCUAAGAUCAGCCCAACCCAAUCCAGGACCACCUGCUCCUGAACAAGGCUUGAGCUGUGCCUGUUGGGCCUUUUUUCUUUU